CUGCUCGCAACCACGAGUCAAUUCCAUUGCUAAGUUGGGUCGCUAUGAAUUGGUACAAGUUGCGAAGGAUUCUUACCCCUGACGAGAGCGCAGGGUCAGCGAGGCCAGAGUUCACUAUUCGUGCAGUGGUCAUUGGGUUGGCAAUCGGAUGUUUGCUUUGCUUUACCAACUUGUAUUUCGGGUUGCAGACGGGAUGGAUAAGCAUGAUGUCACUUCAAUCUGCUUUACUAGGAUACCUCUUCUCACUACUGCUCCCGACGCCCAUUUCGCCGCAAGAGAACGUGGUGCUGCAGACUACUGCUGUCGCCACUGGUACCAUGCCAUUAGCAGCAGGAUUUGUUGGGAUAUUGCCGGCAUUAGCAGUCCUGGAUCCUGAGAAGGAUGGUGCUUCGCCACUUGUCUUAACUUGGCCGAAAGCGGUUUUAUGGUCUUGCGCAGUGGCAUUCUUUGGUGUUUUUCUUUCGCCUCCUAUUCGUAAACAAGUGAUAAUUGAGGAGCAAUUGGCUUUUCCGUCGGGGACGGCUACGGCUCAACUCAUAUCUGUUCUUCAUGAUAUACGUCCAGAAAUGAAUAGAUCUGAGGAUUCUCUACGCCAUAGACGGGGUUAUAGAGUGAUUGAUACCAAUGAUGAAGAGGUCCCCGAUGCCUCUGAUGUUAACGAAAUCGAAGAGGAGCAAAACCAAGAAGAGCGAGACGCGGUAAGGAGAGAUGGCUGGGUAGCCUUGGGGAGUAGUUUUAUUGCCUCUGCGCUAAUGACUCUAUUCGCCUACUUUUUCCCUGUCUUGUUUGCGAUCCCAUUGUUCGGCAGUAAUUUGGCACAGAACUGGUUGUGGACAUUUACACCGAGUCUGUCCUACGUUGGUCAAGGCGUGAUUAUGGGAUUCCCUACAGCACUUAGCAUGAACUUGGGAAUGGUAGUCGGAUGGGCGGUGCUUUCCCCACUCUCGAAGUACAAAGGCUGGGCACCCGGUCCAGUAGGAGAUAUGACUACCGGUGCGCGCGGAUGGAUUCUUUGGACCGCGUUGGCCAUUAUGGUUUCGGACAGUUUUGUGUCCUUGCUUCCCAUCGUGCGCGAGUUCUUCCUCAAGUCUUCCGCAGCCCUCGGGAAGCGGGAAGGAUUCGUGAGGCUUCCGCGCACGCCGCCUACCCCUGCUUUCCCCGCAAUACCGCCAGAGGAAGUCGCCCAUACGUAUGAAGAGGGUUCAAAGGAUACGGAGACAUCCGACCGCCUUGUACCUAGGAGAUGGGUCGUGUGCGGCCUUCUCAUGUCCGUCGUGCUUGGAACGAUGCUCGUUUGGGUCGUAUUUGGUGCAGAGGGCAUCAUGCCGUGGGCGACUAUAAUAGGUUUCCUGAUGGGAGGUCUGCUCAGUUUGCUCGGCGUGCGCGCUUUAGGCGAAACUGAUCUGAAUCCUGUCAGCGGCCUGGGGAAGAUCAGUCAGCUACUAUUCGCAUUCAUCCAGCCCGGUAAUGUGGUCGCCAAUAUCAUUGCUGGCGGUGUUGCAGAAGCAGGUGCUCAGCAAGCCGGGGACCUCAUGCAGGAUCUCAAGACAGGCCAUCUUCUUCGCGCAUCUCCGCGAGCACAGUUUCACGGCCAACUCAUUGGUUCAGGGGUCAGCAUCGUGGUCACUGCGACAGCAUACAGUCUGUAUACGCGCGCGUACCCGAUUCCUGGACCCACCUUUCCAGCGCCAACUGCCUAUGUCUGGCUUAGUCUCGCUCGACUUCUCAGGAAUGGCCACCUACCUGAACAAAGCGGGAACUUCAUGCUUGGUUUCGCCCUUCUAUUUGCGGUGACCUCGUUCUUUAAGACGUAUAGGAGAACAGGAGCACACAUGCGGUGGCUUCCAUCUGGAGUUGCAUUCGCGAUUGGAUUUCUCAAUACGCCAGCUUUUAGUAUUGCACGGCUCAUGGGUGGUAUACUCGAGUUGCUCUAUCACCGACGGCUUGCUGCGCGUGCUCGUGCCGAGGGAAAGGAUCCAAGCAGUGUUAGCGAUAUUCGUUUGAUCGUCGUCGCCAGUGGGUUUGUACUUGGCGAGGGAGUGAUCAGUGUGGUGUCGCUUGUAUUACGGACAUGUGGAGUUGGAGUUGCAAGCUGCUGGGGUUGCAUACCUGGGACCUGCGCAGGUUGUCCGGCUUCUGCCUAGCCCCAUACCUUCAUUUGCACAAGUGCACUUAUUCUUCUAGAUUUUGCGCUUUUUUUGUCCCUUAGAUUGCAAUUUGUAUAGCCUCUGUGUAUAUUUGCCUCUUGCUAUUGUUAAUGCUCUCAAUUCAAAUGAUCAGCCGGCAGAAAAACCGCUUCGAUAGUAGUCCUCGAAAUGCCUGAUCUUCAUACAUCCCGCCCGCCCGCCGGGAACGAAAUCGUUACGUUCUUAUACAUUGACUCUUUAA